AUGGGGGUUUCUACUCUUUAUGUUGUUGUCUGUGUUUUGCUUAUUUUGUAUAUGGUUGAUAAUGGGCGUAGUGAGAGUGGUUUAGGUGCUAAUUAUGGAAGAUUAAACCAAGGUGAAGGCAAUGGUGUUCAUGUAAGAGAUGGUUCUAGUAAAGGUAGAUAUCUAAAAACCGUGAUUAGUAGUGAAACAAAUGGUGUGAGUAAACUACUCAACAAAAGAGGAAUUGGUGUAAGUGGUGGCCUUGGAGCAAACCUCAACAAAGCUACUGUUGACAAUGUUAUUAACAUGGGGCGCAUAAGUGGUGGUGCUCUUGGUGGAUUUGAAGCAUGCGCUGCUAUAGGUGGACGUAUUGAGGGUGGUAUUGGUGGUGGAGACGGCAAAUUUGGGGGUGGUAUUUAUGGUAGUUGGGGUCUAAGUGUUGGUGGAGGUAUUGACAUACCUGGGGGCAUUGGUAAAGAAUUUGUUUUAAAAAAUGAGGGUAAAGGUGAUGGUGGUAGAGACAUUGGUAAUGGUAUAAUUGAACGCUUUGGAGCUGGUAUUGGACGGGAUUUUGGAGAUGAAGUUGGUAAUGUAAUUAAUGGGGGUGUUGGAGGGGGAGAUCAUAUAGGUAGAAGUAGUGGGAGUGGUGUAAGUGGUGAUUUUGGUAAAGGUGGAAGCUUAAGAGAUGGUGGUAGCAAUAGUAUUGGAUGGGGUGCUGGUGGAGGUGGUGGAGGCCGUCUAAGGGAUGAAUUUGGAGGUGAUGAUAUUGGGGGAGGUAUAGGUGGAGGUGGCGGAGGAGGUAUUGGGUUUGGAGGUGGUGUAGGAAGAGAUUUUGGUAAAGGUGGAAGUUUAGGAGGUGGAGCAGGUGAUGAUAUUGGAGGGGGUAUUGGUUUAGGUGGAGGAGGGGGUAUCGGGUUUGGUUUUGGAGGUGGAAGUGGAGGUGGUGGGGGUGGCUUAGGGGGUGGGUUUGGAGGUGGAAGUGGAGGUGGUGGUGGAGGUAUUGGGUUUGGUUUUGGAGGUGGAAGUGGAGGUGGUGGAGGUGGCUUAGGGGGUGGGUUUGGAGGUGGAAGUGGAGGUGGUGGUGGAGGUAUUGGGUUUGGUUUUGGAGGUGGAAGCGGAGGUGGUGACGGUUAUGGUAAUGAUGGUAGAGGUUUUGGAGGGAGAAUUGGUGGGUUUGGAAGUGGGUUUGGUGGAGGAGGUAAUUGUGGUGGUAGUUUUGGUCAAGGUGGUGCAUUAGGUGGUGGAAUAAGUAGUGGGAUUGGAGAAGGUGGGGAUGGAGGUAAAGAUAUAGGGGGAGGGUUGGGGGAUGGACUUGUAGAUACGAUUGGUGAUGGCAGUGGUGGUGGAGGUGGAUUAGGUGGAGGCAUUGGGGGUGGCUUUGGAAGUGGAGCAAUUGGUGGUGGUGGAGGUUUUGGAGGUGGCUUUGGUGGAGGGAAUGGAGGUGGUUUACCAGAUUUCAGCGGUGGAUUAGGUGGUGGUGGUGGUUUUGGAGGUGGAUUCGGUGGAGGCAUUGGGGAUGGCUUUGGAAGUGGAGUAAUUGGUGGCGGUGGAGGUUUUGGAGGUGGCUUUGGUGGAGGGAAUGACAGUGGUUUACCAGAUUUCGACGGUGGAUUAGGUAAUGGUGGUGGUUUUGGAUUGGGUAUGAAUGAAGGCACGGGAAGUGGUGUUGAUCAAAGUAAUACUGGUUUUGGAGAUGGUUUAUGA